AUGUCCCAGCCAAUGAUUAUACUUUACGAUGUACCAUCCAAUAUACCACAACCUUGGGCCCCCAAUAUCUGGCGGGUACGGUUGAUACUCAAUUUUAAACGGCUCCCCUACCGUACUACUUGGGUGGAAUUUCCAGAUGUCGAGGAAACCCUUCACGGGAUUGGGGCCCCACCAACUUCCGUCAGAAAUGAUGGCCGGCCUGUCUUCUCUCUCCCGGUCAUCGUGGAUCCCAUCCGGUCGCCGCAGGCUCCUAUAGUCCUUUCAAACGCAAAUCACAUUGCUGAAUAUCUGGAGGUCACUUAUCCAGGCCAGCAUACCUUUCUAUCUGCGAUCCUUACAUCUGAACAAUUUGCAGCGCGUCAAGUGUUUCCAGAGGGAUCUCGUGCACUGCAGGCGUUGUUUGUGCACUAUAUCCAAGAGAUAUUCGUGAAGCCACUGCUCCCUAUCAUGAUACCUCUUAGUCACCAACGUUUGCCGGAGCGCAGCCAGAGUCAUUUUCUCAGCGGGACGACGCCAAGUUAUCUUUCCGUCCCUCCAGAGAGAGAACAGGCUUGGAAGGCAGUUCAAGAGCAGUUCGAUUUUCUGGCAAAUAUUCUUGACAAGAACUCGGGCACUGACGGUGACGGGGUGGUUGCUAUGGGCCACGAACUCACGUAUGCCGACUUCGCCAUCGUUUCCGUACUUAUUUGGAUAGAGAAGGUAGCACCGCAUGAUGGCUGGGUGAGGAUUCGGCAGUGGAACGGAGGGCGGUGGGGUAAAUUAUGGGAAAGGUGCAAGGACUGUAUGGAUGUAUUUUAA